AGUGCGUAGUUGUGUAUGCGGCGUUUUCAUUCUUUCUAUGGUUUCAUGCACCUUUUCCAGAAUAAUUCGCGACGUCGUGGAAUUGGUUUGCCAUUUUAACAAUGACAUUUUGUUUAGCACACGUGCCCGCUUUUAUUCGCGAUUAAACUAGAGAACUUACAAAAAAGAAAAAAAAAGAAAAAAAUAGUGACAAGGGUUCGAAUGGAAAAUUCGAUCCGUCCUCGAUUAGGCCAGCGAGACGCAACGAAACGGUGAUCAUCAUGGUAAACGCGAGCAGCGUCGUGGCGCAUUUCGUGAAAUUGUUGGUGACCGCGAUAUGCAUGAGGCAUCUCGCCGAGCCCUAUCGGGCAAAGGCCUCGCCGACUACGUGGUCUCUGCGUGCCUUUCGAAUUCUCUUCAUGCAUUCGAUCCUGGGAAUCUUCAGAUUCGGAGUUCCGUUUACUUCGUCGUCGACACCUACAGCGAAAUAUUUUCGAAGCUUUUACGAUUGGUUUUCCAAUGUCAUUGAAAUUGUUCCCUUGGCAUUGCUGACUUCUGGUAUAUUGAGUGCAUAUCAAAUAGACGAAAAGAUACGUAUGCUCUUACUAUUUCUUGGUACAAUACCAAUAUUUUUUCCAUUAGCGAUAAAACAGAAGGAAAAAGAAAUUAGAAAGCUCCGUUUUCUAACUAAUAUCACUAUCAUAUUACAAAUAUUGCCGAUAAUGAUACUUGGUUUACAAAACGGCAAUUAUAAUGAAGAACAGGAUCAAAAAGUGGCCGUAAUGCGUAAAGCAUUCCAAAUGUUCGAUACAACGAAAAGCGGUUUCAUCGAAACCAUGAAGAUCUCGACAAUACUAAACACAAUGGGGCAACUAUUCGAUGAUGGCGAAUUAAAUUCUUUAAUCGAGGAAAAUGAUCCCGAGGGCUCUGGCAAGGUGAAUUUCGACGGUUUUUGCAAAAUUGCCGGUCGAUUUCUUGAAGAGGAAGAUGCUGAAGCGAUGCAGGAGGAACUGAAAGAGGCGUUUCGAUUAUACGACCGUGAAGGCAACGGAUACAUUACUACGGCUACCUUGAAAGAGAUUUUGGCAGCACUCGACGAUAAACUCACCAGCUCUGACCUUGAUGGAAUAAUCGCAGAGAUCGAUACGGACGGCUCCGGUACAGUGGACUUUGACGAAUUUAUGGAGAUGAUGACUGGAGAAUGAUCGCGAACAACGACGGAUUGCACAAUCGCUAAAAAGGCAAUAAACUUAAUAAUAUUUUUUCGUAAAAGUAA